CACCCUACCAGCGAAGAAGGCAGUAAUAGCACUAUGUAUCUGGAAAGUUAGUGAGUUCGGGUAGUUAGUUCAGCUAGCUAGGAGGCUAGUUACAUAGCUACUGUAGUUGGUUCGCGACCUUGAUUCCCCAGGUACUAAGAAAACAUUGCAGCGAGGACCGUGGCGAGCGAUGCUCCCAUCACAAUCCGCUGUGCAAGGCCACCUGCAACGAUGGUGGCGGACCCACCGCUGCCCUUGGUUCCGUCCUCGCAGAGGCCACGGGUCUCGAGAACACUGCUGCCGGUGGCGUCCAUCUUCUUGCAUGCGCACGACUGGUAGUCCGAGCCAUCUUCCUUGUUGUAAUCGCCGAUCGGCAAGCCCUCCGCGGUCUCGCAGGCCGACCGGCAGAUGUCUUCGGACACAAUGGUCUCCGGGCCGAAGUCACCCUUUGCAAAGUCGACGCAGCUGGGCUUGGUGGUCUUUCAAUCGCCCUGGUCGUUCAGAUCCUGUGCUGGUACCUCCAGGUGCACCUCGGACACCAGAUCAUCGAGGGGGCCCAGCCAGCCGUUCUCGAAUCGCUCGGGGGGGCACUCACGAUCGCUCCGCUUUUUGCCUUCUAUGAGGCCAUAUGGGCACUGGGAAUCAACCGGGAGCUUCAGGAAUCUACGCUGCUGCUUGUAGAAGAGUACACACGCAACAUUUGCUCCGAGGUGGGGGCGGAGGCCACCAUGAAGGCCUGCCGGAACCUCGUACUCGAGCAUUAACGUAUGAUUGUACUAAUGCUGCUUCUAUGCAUUUGCCAGUGAAAACAUCGAUUAUUUUUCGAAAUCGAUAGUUCCUUGAUGCGGAUUUGCUGACAUUUAACGCGUAGAACCAUUUUUUACAAACACUUCGAAAACUUGAUUUUUCUGUAACGAGUCUAUUUCUACAUACGCAGUAUUAUUUCAAUGCCUUACCACGUUUAGAAAAACAGAAUGAACGACAACUAUGAUUUCUUCGAUUCUGCGCCUUGUUGCUAGAGCUCGUCUCCGGUGGUAUGGCCUCUUUUGGGAUCCACCAGGCCGAGCCUGCGGGCAAUGAGCUUUGCAACAGAUUUGCUUCCGAUCGCCGAGAUUUCGAUGGCCGAAACCGCAGAUUCCAUCGCGUUGGUAUAAUAAAUGGCGUUAGUUUUCCUGGAAGACUUAUGUUUGCCUCCGUUGUAAAGCAGGAAGUUGGUCGAGCGCGAAGAUUCUCCCCCACCGUUGAAUGCCGGUGUUGCACCUCCCCUGCGACCCCCCCACACCUUGGUAUCCUCGACGAUUGCGUCUUUUCCAAAGAUGUCUUCGACCAACUCGGAGCUCAGCUCGGACGAGCUAAAAACUUUGUAGACUCCUUCGGUGAUACGGCUGAUUGAUGAUAGUCCCGUUUCGGUUCGUCCGUUCUCGGUAAAGAGAAUCGAUCGCGGUAAACCGUCGCUGGAUUCGUCCUCUUCAAGGUGAAAAUAAGAUGGUUGAAGCUUGGCAUUUGAGACAAAGGUCGUUGCAACCUGUGUAUACGGUCGCUUCGUGCUCGAGGGUAGGUGGUGGUGUCCACCCAGAGAAUGUACAUGUUCGUGAAUGUUCGCAUCGGAGUUAUCGCUGUCGACCAUUUCGUUCAGGGGUAUAUAGUACAACAGACCCUCGUCAAAGACGCUUCCCUUUCCCAUAAAUUCGAUCCCACUAAAUUGGAGAGGCGUUGCUACCACAACAAUAUUGUAUGGCGUCGAGUCCACAAGUUUUCCAUCCUCGCCGAAGAGUUCGAUUUGUUGCGAUUCCAAAUCAGCAGAAACUAGUGUCUGAAUUUUUAUGGGAAGCCUCCGGAUUGUUUUGUUGCUGCUUUCCGUGCCACAUGUUUUGUCACGGAUUCGAUCGGCUUGUCGAAAGGCAGAGGAAAUGAGCUUGUCGUUUCCCCCCUCAAUCGCAAAAAGCUCGCCGGUUCCCGCAAUCGAGUUCACCAGACCUCCGAGACCCGUCAUUUGGGAAUUAAGCUGGUUGUUGUUGCAAAUAUUCAUCGCGGUGUAUAGUUCCGAUCGCACGAGUCCCUGCUUGGCCAUAGACUCUACAAACCAACGCCUCCACCAAGCCAUUGAAGAGGAAACACCGAUCUCGUCGAGGUAUUCGUCAAAGCUGACGCUUGCUUCGUGGGAUAGACCAACUUUUUCCCAAAUGUCAUCGGGCGAUUCAAAAAAGGUGUCCUCGUGAUCGACAUCGUCCAGGAGGUCAUAAAUUUUUUCAAAAGAUUUUAGAGCAACCUGUGUGGCUUGGUGAAUUCUCCAGAGGUCAAGGUUGUACCUCCACAUCAUGUGCGAUUCUGUCUCGCUUUUGGUUGUGUUCACCAUCCAUAGCGGAAAAAGGGAUCCCUCAUUGUGAUUGAUGGUGCUGGUGCUGUGCACGCCAUCGUAAAUCCCAAGGCCUUUGCCUCCACUGCCAUGGGGAUUGAUUUUUUUUAGAAUUCGGUCACUAUCAAUGUCUCCCAACGACCCCUCGAUCAUUUCGUUGACAAGCUUGUUGCCUCCAAAGAGAAUCGACGCUCCCCGUUCAACCACAGUACCAUCUUUCAGUGUGUGAGAGGAUACCCUCGACCCCUGGUUGAAUCUGCCGCUAUUAUUAGUGGUUCCGUCAUUGGGUGAAGGCGGGGGUUCAAACACUGUGAUAUCUAUGGAGCAAUGGACAUCGAAGUCGGUAAGAUAUUUCGUGAGAAAGGAUCCAGAAAUCCCACCACCAAUAACUGCAAUGCGAGUCG